AUGAUAAAAUGCAAAAGCACUUGCUGACCAUCAUUUUCUGAGUAAACUCCUUUCCUUGGUAUACUUUUUACCUGCUUAUCCCUAUCAAGCACAAAGCUCAUUUAUUUAAGAUUUGAUUUGAGCUUACACACUGUUUAUUCCUCAAAAUAAAAGAAAGAUAGAAUGGCAACAGUAACACAGCCCCAGAGGGUAUCUCAGACUGUUAUGAUUCAAGAAUCUGACUGGAGUUCAGGCAUCUGUGACUGCUGCGAUGAUAUGAGCAUAUGUUGCUGUGCUUGCUGGUGUUUCUCCUGUUUUCAAUGCAGUACAGCUAACAAAUUUGGUGAAUGUUUGUGCCUACCAAUCCUCGAUGGCGUUGGUCUGUGUACACUCCCAAUAUCACUUUCAGUCCGUGCAGCAGCUCGUGAGAGAUUUAAUAUUAGGGGAUCUAUAUGUGGUGACUGCUGUACAAACCUUUGGUGCCUACCAUGUGCUUGGUGUCAACUGGCUCGAGAAAUGAAGGUCAGAAACAGACCAGUGACCAUUAUGAAUGCUUACAUCACUGAUCCAGCAAAUACGUCCUACAAUCCAAAGCUCAGGGCUCAUCUUGCAUAAUUCAAUAUAAGACAUUGUUCCUUCAUUGAUGUGUAAUAAUCCUUGUUCUUGAAUAUCGAUCAUCUCCAGCAGCGAUCAAUGAUAAAUACAUAACAUAUGUGCUGAUUUAUCUGUGUAAUACAAGCCUAAAUGUGCAAUUCUAUUUUAAUU